UGAGGAGCGCCUGGAAAUGUCACAAGAGGAUCACAUGUUCAUGGAACACGUCUCCAAGUCCAUCAAAUUGGUAGAUGGGCAUUACAGGAUUGGAUUGCCAUUGAGGAAUGGAGACACUGAAUUCCAUAACAAUCACUCAGUUGCUGCACAAAGAGCCUUAAACUUGAAGAGAAAGUUCUCAAAGAAUAACAAAUUCUGUGAAGAAUACAAGACAUUUAUGGCCAACAUAUUGAACAAAGGGUUUGCUGUUCCAGUGUCACCUGAGGAACAGGCUAAGGCAAGCCAGAGCAAAAGAGUUUGGUAUAUACCACACCAUGGGGUGUACCACCCAAAAAAACUCAAACUGAGGGUAGUGUUUGAUUGUGGUGCUACUUACCGAGGUGCGAGUCUCAAUGCUGAGCUUCUCCAAGCAAUGUUCCAUCAGAUCAAAGUAUCGAUGGAAGAUGCUGACCUCUUCGGUUUCUAUGGUGGCCUGAUGGAAAUGUGGAAAAGGAACUGGAGGAGUACAAGAUGAUUGUGCACAUAUUUGGAGCAACAUCUUCACCAAGUUGCGCUAACUUUGUUCUUCAGCAGUGUGCAAGGGACAAUGUUGGCAAGUUUAAGACAGAAGCCAUCACAACAGUGCUCAGGAACUUUUACGUGGAUGAUUGCCUCAGAUCAGUUGAGUGUGAAGAAGAAGCUCUCACACUUGCUAAGGACCUCACAGCGUUAUGUGCUACAGGAGGCUUUAAGCUCAACAAGUGGGUCAGUAACAGCCGAGCCUUAAUACUCUCCAUACCAGAGGAGGAUCGAGCUAAGGAGGUCAAGGAUCUGGAUUUUGAGCAAGACUUUUUGCCUGUCGAAAGAGCACUAGGUGUACAAUGGUGCCUCGAGACAGACUCAUUCAGAUUCAAGAUCCAGCUCCCAGAAAAAACGCUCACUCGGCGUAGGAUUCUAUCAGUAGUCAGUUCCAUUUAUGAUCCGCUGGGAAUGGUGGCCCCUGUCAUCCUCCCUGCUAGACAAAUCUUGCAGCAGCUCUGCAGGUUGAAACCUGGAUGGGACGAUAACAUUCCUGAAAAUCUAGAACAAACAUGGUCAAAUUGGUUGAGAGACUUGGGCCUUCUAUCAGACUACAAGGUUAAAAGAUGUCUUAAACCUCAUGGUUUUGCACACCCAGUCUCCUCGCAACUUCAUCACUUUGCUGAUGCUAGCGAAAAUGGAUAUGGCACCGUUUCUUACCUGCGAAUGAUGAACCAGCACCAUCAAGUUCACUGUGCCUUCCUCAUGGGAAAAGCUAGAGUUGUUCCCCUGAAACCUGUGACCAUCCCCAGAAUGGAGCUCACAGCAGCCACUGUAGCUAGCUGUACGGAUGGAUCGCAUGAUGCAAGAAGAGAUUGAACUCCCUAUUGAACCAUCAGUCUUUUGGACUGACAGCACAUCGGUGCUUAAAUACAUAAAGAAUGAAACUUCCAGAUACCACACCUUUGUGGCCAACCGAGUGGCCACCAUAAGAGCUGCGUCACAAUUGGACCAAUGGAAGUAUACAAACAGCAGUCUGAAUGCUGCCGAUUGUGCCUCCAGAGGUAUGUCAGUCCAUACCUUCCUGAAAACUACAACUUGGAUAUCCGGCCCAGAAUUCCUGCGUCACAAUGAGUCUGACUGGCCCAAAGCUCCAGAUUUGACUGUCAUUGUCAAAGAUCCUGAGGUAAAGGUGCUUGCAGUAAGCAUUACUGCCAUUGAAGGAAAUGACGCCAUCGACAGGAUUAUCUUGCAGUAUUCCAAGUGGCACCAUCUCAAAAGGGCUGUGGCCUGGAUACUCACAUUAAGGCGGCACUAAGAAUGGCAGUCGCAAAGAAAAAGGGACUGCUUGGAACUAAAAAAGGAGGACAAACCUAAUACACAAUCUCUCUCUGUGGAAAACCUCCAGGAAGCUGAAGUGGCCAUCCUUCAGUUUUGUCAGCAAACAAGUUUUGCAGAGGAGAUGACUGCUUUAAGGAAAGGAAACGUGGUGAAAAGAAGUAGCCAUCUGCACCAGCUUGCACCAAUUCUUCAGGAUCAGUUGAUAAGAGUUGGUGGCAGGUUGAACAGGUCUGCUAUGCCGUGA